AUGAAGCCAGUGUGGGUCAUCAUUCUUGGGUGGAUCCUGCUGGUGCCCAGGGUAGGGACUGCCUGGAGAGGACCCCCAGAAGAGGCAUCCUUCUACUAUGGAACCUUUCCACCCGGCUUCUCCUGGGGCGUGGGCAGUUCCGCCUACCAGACAGAAGGUGCGUGGGACCAGGAUGGGAAAGGGCCCAGCAUCUGGGAUGCCUUCACACAUGGCAAAAAGGGGCAGGUGCUAGGAGGUGACACAGCAGACACAGCCUGUGACAGCUACUAUAAAGUUCAGGAGGACAUUGCCCUGCUGAAGGAACUACACGUCAGCCACUACCGAUUUUCCCUGUCUUGGCCGAGGCUCCUGCCCACGGGGGUCAGAGCUGAACAGGUGAACAAGAGAGGAAUCAAAUUCUACAGCGAUUUCAUUGAUGCUCUUCUGAAAAGCAACGUCACUUCCAUUGUGACCUUGCACCACUGGGAUCUGCCACAGAUGCUCCAGGUGACAUAUGGCGGGUGGCAGAAUGUGAGUAUGACCCGAUACUUCAGGGACUAUGCUGACCUAUGUUUUGAGGUCUUUGGGGACCGAGUGAAACAUUGGCUCACAUUCAGUGAUCCUCGGACAAUGGUAGAAAAAGGUUAUGAGACCAGUCUCCACGCACCAGGCCUGAGGCUCCAGGGCACUGGCCUGUAUGUGGCUGCACACCAUAUCAUUAAGGCCCACGCCCAGGCUUGGCAUUCUUAUAACGACACGUGGCGCAGCAAACAACAGGGCCUAGUAGGGAUCUCACUGAACUGUGACUGGGGGGAACCUGUGGACAUCGACAACCCCGAUGAUAUUGAGGCUGCUGAGCGAUACCUACAGUUCUGUCUCGGUUGGUUUGCCAACCCUAUUUACGCUGGUGACUACCCCCAAGUAAUGAAGGACCACAUUGAGCCCUUGCUUAGGCACAGUCACGUGGUUUUAGAGAUUGUGGUCCCCACAGUCUGUGCCCUCUCCAUCCUCACUGCUGCCCUGAUGCUGACACUUCUCCUCAGGAGACGCGACUGA